AUGUCUUCAAAUACGCUAGACAACACGGCGCUUCUGGCAACCGGUAUCUGCAUGGUCACCCUGACCAGUGCAGUCUUUGGCUUCAGACUGGCAACCAGCCUGCUCGAGCGCAGGCAUCUCGCUUGGGAAGAUGGCUUUCUCAUCGCGGCGCUCGAGGACCUCGCUGCUGGCAGGAUACCGAUGUACGCGACAAUCUUGGAAGACAGUCUGAGGAUCCAGAAAACAUUCUUCGUGACCACUUCGGGUCUCUGGAUCAGCCUGUGGCUCGUCAAGGGGUCCCUCCUCGCAGUUUACAAGAGGCUGAUGGUCAAUCUACGCUUGUUCACCAUCCUCUGGUGGACUCUAGCAGGCGCCAUCACUUCGUCGAUGCUGUCUUGCUCCAGUAUGAAAGCUUGGUUCACAGCAGGGGCGUGCGGUACGCAGCGCGACAUUGAGGCGGCGUAUAUCAGUCUCUGGUACUCCUAUGCUGUAGACAUACUCACAGACAUUCUUGUUAUGCUUCUGCCCCUUGGCCUCAUUCGCAACCUCCAGAUGAACAUGUCUCGCAAGCUUAGCAUAGCGGGCUUGUUCUGCCUCGGCUGGGUCUGCGUCGCCGUAUCGACCAUUCGCGUCGCCUACCUCGGGCGCAACGCAGUCGAGGGCUCGUCAUUCAAGCAGCCCGCAACUUCGUGGCUCGCGCUGUGGGGGAUCGUGGAGUCGGCAAUCGCCGUCAUCAUCGGGUGCGGGCCUGGUCUGUUCCGCAAAGCCAAAGCUGUCUCGAAGAGCAGAAACAACUAUUACAACAUGGGGGUCCCAGGCAGCUCCAAGCCAAAGUCCAAGUCUGCCCACGGAAACGACAUCGACAUGCAAGCGUAUCGAAAUACUGUUCAGAUAAACAACGACACUAGCAGUCAGGAGGAAUUGGUUCACAUGAGAGGGAGGGAUAAGAUCGUGGUUACACAGUCUGUCAUGGUUAGCUCGAGUCGGGGGGACUGA